AUGCCUCGCCAGGGUUAUUUUUUGAACCUCAAAAAUAAUGUUACGACAAAGAUUCUUCGUUCAGACAAACAAGAUCCCAAGGAGUUAAGAACCUUAAUCAACAAAUUAAUUGACCAACGUCAAGCAUUCAUAUUACGCCAAUUAAAUAGAAAUGAGAUCUCAACUAUUACUUUUAAUUCUGAAAAUUUAAACCUUAAAAAUUUGAAAGUUGGAUUUGAUUCAUUAAUUUCAAAAAUUGUUCGAUUAGAAAACAAUGAAAAAGCAUAUCAAAAUGAAAUAAGCAAGUUCCAAGAGAAAAAUAUCAAGCUUCAAGAGAAAAAUAACAAUCUUGAAGUAGAAAACAACCAACUCAAAUGUUCUGUUGAUGCAUACCAAAAAACUUUAGAAGACAAAGAAAGGAAAAUAGCAAAAUAUUAUAAUGUUAUUGAAAAAACACAAUCCGUUUUACAGAAUGCAUUUCAAAUAGAUGCUAGUUAA